AGUGAGUUUUGGCGUAUGGAUAUAAAAGUUGAUUUCAUCGCUUCGGGCCGUCUGUCUGCUUCCAGCCAACCCGUUGACAUCCACACAACGUAGACUGCUACCACCUCUAACAUCACAGGAAACAUGGACGUAAGUAGUUCCCCGCAGUAUCAGAUGCAAGCGCAGUGUGCUGACCCUGUGUAUGGCAGUUGCCCGCCUGGUUCUGCCCCACAGACUAGCACCAUCUGGCCCAACCAGACACCCGGGAACACCUUUCCUAUGUGGCCUGCACAGAACACCCAACAAAUCCCGACUACCCAGCAGGUCCAGCCCACCCAGCAGGCCCCACAGCCUCUGCCAUGCUGGACCGGGCAGCCCAACACUCCCUGCUGGUUAGGAACUCAACCGUUGCCAGUCUCAGGACCCACCCCUCUCCCAGUCCCGCCUCAGGUCCUAACACCGUCCCCCGCCCCGACCACAAACGUAGUCCCUGCUACUACUCCAGCCCCGGCUGUGGCUCCAGCACCUGGUCAAAUUUGCCACCCUUGUUGGCCGGCUCAGUACCAGCCUGCCCAGCCCGUCCAGCCUCCCCAGCCGCCGGUUCAGCCUCAAGUACCCAUUCAGGUGCCAGCCGUAGCUCCAGUUCCUGCCCCGGCACCUGCCCCCAUUACCAGCCCCGCUCACACUCAGUCUUCAAGCAUCCAUCCAUCUUGGCCGGGAUGGGUCGCCCAUCCUGGUUGGCCUUACAACCCCGGACAGCCGGGGUGGCCUGGACAGAACCCGGCCCUGGUGCCGCAACAUUGGUUGCCGCCCACAUCCGGACCGCUUAGCGUUCCUUACAACCUCAACCUGGCCCGAGGAGUGUACGACAAAAUGAUGAUGACCAUCCUAGGGCAGAUUAAACCAAAUGCCAAAAUGUUCACUGUUAACUUCCUGCGAGGCAAUGACAUCGCCUUCCACAUCAACCCUCGCUUCAGCGAAGGGGGCAAGCAGGUGUUGGUUCGUAACCACAAAGUGGGCGAGCGUUGGGGUUCCGAGGAAAGGGACCUGAAAGGGCCCUUUCCCUUUGCCCUGGGGAGCCCCUUUGAGAUGAAGAUAUUGUGCACACAGGACUCAUUCCGCGUGGCGGUCAACAAUAUCCCGUUGUUCGAGUUCCGCCACCGCGUUCGCGAGCUCAACCAAAUCAAUAGAAUCAACAUCCUGCACGACGUCGUCCUGACUUACGUCAACGUGGAGACGCUUCCGUAGACCGCUUGACAAAUUCAGAAAUCUCAUCACUGACGUAACAUUUUAAAAGUGUGAUUAGCUUAUUCGCUGCCACAGACUGUAAUAGACGUUCUAUUUUGAUUUUUGAACAUCUAUCGCUGUCAAUAGCAUCGGGUGAGUCAAAUGUGUGACAAUAUUACACGUGUGUUAAGCUCCUUCACCAUUUAACGCACACUAAUACUAAAUAACACUGGGUAACAAUGAGUAAAAGAAAAUGUUGUUUUAGGUCUGACAGGUGUUUUUACCUCAUUUUUGGGUACAGAAUCCAACAGCUCCGCAGCUAAUCUACUUAUAAUGUUGUGACUACUUGCACACAGUGUUGUUUUUGGCAGCCCUUUUUAUUUUCGUUGUAGCCUCAUGAGCGAAAAUACUAAUUAGUUCUAGUCAUAUUUUAGUCUUUUCAAAAUGUGUUCAUCUUGUUAUAGUCAACAACAACGCAGACACAUUUUGUUUAGUUUAAGACAACAAUUACUCAAAAUGUUUUCGUUUAUAAACUUUAAAUGUUUUAUUCUAUGAAUAAAUAAAUUAAAGGUUUCCAACAAUUUCCAAUGAACGUUGACAGGGGGCCGGACCAAAUGUGGCUGCAGGCCGCUGCAGCAACCCCUGGUCUACAAGGACACCACCAUUUUCAUGAUCAUAAUACACAGUCAGCAGGAAAACAGCAUAUUAUCUGCAAUUAAUUAAACUCACCUGGACGCCACAAACUAUAUGUAAAAUGUUUUCCAAGAGUUUAAGAAGACACCGAGUCACCACGCUAAAUGCUAAUGCUAACGCGAACGCUAUGCUAACGCUACAAGUUAGUGUAGUGUGUGAUGAUCACUCAGCACAAACCUUUAGGGGCUAAAGUAACAUGGCAUAUCUAGCCAAGAUAAGAAAGCAAAACUUACCAAGCAGCACCUGACACAUACAGUUGUGGUCAAAAGUUUACAUACACUUG